AUGCCUCCACCUCCUCUUGCUUCCUCCAAGCUGUGUGGCAAGAGCCAAAUGCAUCCAGGCUUAAGGUCUCCUCUUCCAUCUAUCCUUUUACUCCUCGCCCUGUCAUCGACUCCACCUUCUUCCUCAGAGAGCUACUAUCGGUAUGCGGCUUGUGCUCCCUACACGUACUCUUGCGGAGGCACUAGGAUCAACAUCAGCUACCCUUUUCGCGUCGACGGCCGUGCCGACAACUGUGGCUACUCGGGAUACUAUGUCGCUUGCAGCGAGGACAAUACUUCCGUGACGAUCGAGAUCGACGGCAAGGGAUGCGUCGUCAAGGAUAUAGAUUACUUCAACCGCCUCAUCACCGUCGUCGAUCCACCCUUCGUCAAGCAGUCGUGCCCUCAGCCGUACCAAAACACCAGCAUCGACAUCUCGCUGUACAGCUACAGCGACCGGGACCGGAACGUCACGGUGUUCGUCAAUUGCACCGCCCUCUCACCUCCGAUUCCCGACAUGCAUGACAUAGGUUGCGCGCCGGGCGGCGGCGCCGGGGGUCGUCACGGGUAUUACCAGCUUCCCGGUGAGACCCACAUGGAGAUGUUUGGGAACUGCAGCUCAAUGGUAGUGGUGCCCAUGCACCAAGCAGCGUCGGACGAGAUCCGGUACGGGAAGCUGAGCUUUAGCGACGCAGUGAAGGGGGGGUUCUCGCUGCAUUGGAAGGCAGGGGAGGAGUGGUGUUGUGACUGCUUCAAUUCUGGUGGGCGCUGCGGCUUUGACGCGCUCUCUCCGAACAGCCACACCUGCUUCUGCCCGUAUGGUUCAACCGUUGGAACAUGUUCAGGUUCGCGUUCUUAUAAUUAA